AUGGCGCUAUAUUCGACUGAAAGUGGAAGUCCACAUGAUCUGCAUAGCUUUUACAAUCCCCAUUCUACACCAAUAGACAACCAAAUUUCAACUUUUCCUAAAUCAUCCAGGUUUUUUGACACAUCAACUUUGCCGGAUUUGAAACACCUCGAAGUCAGUGACGAUGUGCACCACCAGGUCUUGUUUAACGGCCAAGUUUCGAAUUUCAACUACAGUCCUUUCAAUAUAUCACAACAAAAAUUAAAGGCCUCGCCAGCAAUAAACUACGACCUGAUACCAAACAAGUUCGCUAUUGCGCCGACAAGUUAUCAGGAGGAAAAUGAAAUUCCGUUUUUGCGAUUGAGUGAAGAACAGGCGAAAGACCCUAUCUCUUUCAUUGACAAUCUACGAGAAUUGGGCAGCAAGUAUGGAGCAGUCAAGGUCAAACUUCCAUCAAAGGAUGAGAAAUUGUUUCAAACUACGAAUCAAGUCAACUCAGAUUUGUUUUGGUUCCAUACAAACAAGUUACUCAACAAUCCUACAAGUGACGAGCUAUUAGUAAGACUUGAAUUUCACCGUAAUUUACUUCAAUUCCAUCAAAGUGAUCAACACAAUUAUUUCGAGGAUGUUGAUGCAACAAGGGCAAAAGAAAAGAAUGGCACUGCCAAUUUGCAGUUUCAUUUGAACAAGUUACCAAUGAUUGACAAGCGGCCCUUAGACUUGUAUAAAUUAUACCAAUCAGUAAUCAUACGAGGUGGAUUCAUCGAAGUGAUCAACAAAAAACUUUGGGCUCAAAUAGGACGAGAGUUGGGUUACAAGGGGAAAAUCAUGACAAGCUUGAGUAGUUCCUUAAAGGCAUCUUAUCAAAAAAUUCUAUACCCUUACGAAUUGUAUCUUGCCAACCGAAGUAUGGGUUUAGUUAAGGAAGAGCAGUCAACUUUGGAAACACUACUGUCCGGUAGUAAGCGAAAUAUUCAACCCAUAGACACGCCCGAAAAAAAACAAAGAGCUGAUAAUCGGUACUAUGCACCUCGAAUUGUUGGUUCGGAGAAACAGUUUAAACGCCAGCUCAAUACAAAGGUUUCAAAAGGAAUGUUGGCCAAUUCUCCCCAUCUAAUAGAUGUGAAACAACCCAACACUUAUGUUGUCAAACAAACUGACAAGAAACGAAACAAAAAGGCAGCGGAUAAAGUAACUGCAUUCAUAACACCUCAAGCUCUGCUUCAGGCGGGGUUGUCCUACAUACGAGAUCAUCAAGAUGAAUCUUGUUCUACGGAUGUCCCCAAAAUUGCUUCUUCCUAUACAUUAAGACAAUUUAUGGAGAAAGACAUAAAGUUUCAAGAGCACAUAAUCCAUCAAAAUAGACACUUGUUUUGUCCAGAUGCUAGUCAAAGAGAUUGUAUAAAGUUCCAAGAUCUCGAAAACCUAUAUUGGAGAUAUGCCAGAAAUACCGACAUUGACCUGGUAUUUUCCAAUGGGAUUGAACUCGAAAUGGGUAAGGACUUGCCAACUUCUGUCCAUGGUUCCGGUUUUGUGAGAAUUGGUGAUGACAUAGCAAACUUCAAGAAUGCGCUUAAUAACCACCUAUUGAGUCUUUCUCACGCAAAACUGGCGGUAAAUUCAAAGAACCCAAACACCACACCUCAUGUAUUCUCACAGCAGAACCCUUGGGAUUUCAACAGGGUCGACAAUAUAGAUCAAACUAUAGAGUCGGCAUUAUACCCCUGGAAUCUUCACAACUUUGCAACUCUACCAAAUGCUAUACUAGGAACUUUAAACCAAUUCGAUGUGGGAAAUCAAGAAUUGACAGAAACUAGGGUAAAUGUUGGCAUGACUUUCAGCACCGAGAACUGGACAUGUGAGGAUCACUUUACUCAGCUCAUAAACUACCAUUUCUUUGGAGCUCCAAAACGUUGGUACUUUAUUCCAGAAUCAGAAUUUGACAAAUUUGAGCGAUUAGUCAAAGAUGUGAAUACAGAUUUGACGUCUUCAUCUGCAAUGAGUCGAAACGAAAUAUCUAGAGCCGAGAGCGUAAGCACAGCUUUGUUUAGAUCCAGUAAUGAAGAACUUGAAACGGAUUUAGUGAUCAAAGCCAUCGAGAACUCAGUGAAUACAAAGGCGGAUCACAAGCUCCCACAUCGCAAUGUGAGAUUUGCAAAUUUGUGCCAACGAGGAGAGCUUCUCUUAAACCAAGAUUUACGGAUAACGCCGGAAUUGCUAGAUUAUCACAAUAUUCGAUACACAACAACAGUGCAGCAUCCUGGGGAAUUUAUUAUAAAGUUUCCUAAAACUUACUCAUCAGCUCAAUCGUAUGGAUUCAAUUUUACAGAGGAGACUAAUUUUGCAUCUAGCUUGUGGCUAGAUUACGCUUUACACGGAGAAAAGUGGCUAACUAAACAGGGUAUAUUGUCUAAUUUUCUGAUCUUCAAACUCCUUAUUACUGUUGCAUCAAUUUAUGACAAUGGAGGCAGCAUAUCUUUCAACUCAGAUGUUUUCUCAAAAGUUGCAAACCUCUAUAAAGGUUUGUAUCUCAAAGAAAUUGAAUUGAGGGACCAAAUAAGAAAGUUGAAAGUAAAAGAGACAAAUGUCACUGAGGAGUCUUUGUCUGAUAUAAUUGCUGAUGACGACUAUGGUGCUGCUUUUCCGUCUCGUGUAAUGAUUACUGAUGUUGAUUCCAAGGACUCCAUGUUUGUAUCAAUGGAAAACUUUUUACAUUACUCAUCGUCACCUGAAUUUAUGGAAAACUUUGUUGUUGAGUUACAAUUGUUUCAUUCGGAUGAAAAACUUAAAACCUUCCACAAAGUUUUAAGUGAGUAUUCGGUUGAUUUCGAGUCAUGGAUUCAAAAUUACGAAUCGUUGAUGGCUGAGGGCGAUGAGAUACCAUUGAAGCAGUACAAAGUGUUGCUCAACGAGGGAGACAAGAUAAAUUCAUCGAUUUCGUCAACUUCGGUUGUUGGUGGCCAAUCAUACGAUCAGCAACGAAUGCGCGUAUUUGGUGAAUACCUAGAAAACUUGAGAUAUUUUACAACAAGCGCGUCUCAAUUUAUUGAAGAAUGUCAAAAUGUUUUGGCCCUCAAACACCAGCAGCGUAUUAGAAAUGGACAGGAUUUAGCGCAUCAGGAGCGUGCAUUUUCUUUGAAGGAGUUAGCAAGUCUCGUUGAGAGAAUCUCCAGUUUGAACUUUACGUGUCCAGAGAUUGAACAGAUUUUAGAACUCAAAACGGAGAUUCAAAAUUUUGACAAGGCCAGCCGCUCACUAAUUGCAAAGAAGGGCAGAUCAUUGCAGGAAUUUGAUGAUUUGAUCAGUCUUGGGGAAAGUUUUGGCUUGGAUAUCCCGUCGUUGGAUUUCAUCAUUAGAAUACGAAAUCGAUUGAGAUGGAUCAAGACGUACAACUUGAUUGAAAAAGGAGUGGACCCUUUUUCCGACAGAAAAGAAGUGUUUUCGAUUGACGAUUUGAAAGAGUUUUACAAUUCAGGUUUGGAACUUCUAGCAGCGGGAGACCUUGAAUAUAUACAACUGAUUGAAGUCAUUUUGAACCAAAGCAUUGUUUUCAACAAUGAUGUCAGAAAGUUUUUGCAGUACACCUUUGUACAUGACUUGGAUGUCGAGAAGUUGAGAUCGAUAGUUGACAGCUUCACUCUGGAGAAGUUGUUCUUGUCAAGUGAAAAUUACUCAGAGCUAUCUAAAGUCCAUUCAAGCUUGGAAUUAAUAACUCGAUACAAGGACACACAGGGAGGUGGAAAAUUGGCAUACCACGAGCUAAAGCAGUUGUAUAAUGGAAUUAUCGACAGCGGGUUGAAGUUUGAAACUAGCUCAAUUCAAGAAUCAUUGCAAAAAACUGAGUGUUGGUCAGAUUUGCAAUGGCAAAAACUUGAGAAAGUCAGGAUCAUAACAACUAUCAACAAUACAAUAGCUCGUGACAGUGUAAAUCCCAAAUUCACGUUCAAUGCCAAACUUGUGGAGAAGGUCCAGCGGCUUGUCUACAAAUGUGAAUUUAGUUUGUCCAUUGAUGACAAAUUUGAGGAAUCUUCUUCCUUUGUCAGUCACCAAGAGAAUGAGCAUGAUGAUCCGAAAUAUUACUGUGUUUGCCGAGAAUAUGAACAUGGAACCAUGGUUGAGUGCGACGAAUGCAAAGAGUGGUAUCACGUGCAAUGUGUCAAGGACUUUAGUAAACCUAAGGAAGAAAUUUACAAAUGUCCUAUUUGUCUAUUGUUGAGUCUGGGUGAAACUGAGGAUAAGUAUCUCAUGACCAAGUUGUCCAUGGAUGAGUUGAUCGAUAUGUACAACGAUGGUGAAGCAUUGGAGGCAGUCCCAGUCAACGAAAUGACAGCGAUGAAAGACUUGAUUGAUAUAUUGAACAGCUAUUCUCGUAGUCUCAACUUGAACGACGUGUUGAAUGAGCCAAACGAACAAACUAGAUUUGAAAAGUUGAUGUUUGUAUUGCGAAAGUUGUAUGGAUGUGGAGUGCAAAUUACUGACUUGUUUCAAAAAGUUUUGCGUCACACGAGAUUGGCGCAACAAGAUAUCGUAGCCAAAAAGAAACAAAGCAAUGCACAGUCUGUCCCCGCCAUGUCUGAGGAAACUACACAGCAACAGCUUGAGACUGGUACAGGUGGUGCAAUCGAAACAGAGCUCACCGGGAAAGAGAAUGGUAUUCAGCCUAUGACGAAUUGGAAAUCUGCUAUGCGUGAAAAUGGCAUUGAAGCUCUGCAUGCAAAUGGAGUAGAAAUUGGCAUAAAAGACAACAAACUGGUCGUUAAUUUUCACCCACCGAACGAAAGUACUCAAGAGAUUCGUUUUGAAAAUGGCGUUAACGCUGAGCUCGGUGAUCGGUCAAAUGCGCAUGCUAGUCAGUCAAACUUGACCACUCAAAAUCAUGCAGGAUCCACAAAUUUUGCUUUUCCAAGUGAAAACCUAUCUCGUGUGCAAAACUUGUCGUCGUCGACCAAUACCUCAACAGACAACCCUGUCCCUGUAAAAGACAAGAGCACAAAAGAUGAGGUGGAUCUUCAAAACGUACAAAAUUCUAGAAAGCAGCAGAUCUUCAUUGGUACAGCAAAAGACAUAAGUUCCCAAAAUUCACCUCAUUUGAAAGACCCAGAUGCGAAAAGUGCUGCUGAGCUCUCGCAUUGA